AUGGCGUCAUCGUCGGAUCACAAGGCCACCGUCAUCGACGGCAAAGCGAUCGCCCAGACUAUCCGAUCUGAAAUUGCUGACGAAGUGCGUCUCCUCUCUCAGAAAUACGCCAAGGUCCCUGGAUUGGCGGUGGUGAUUGUAGGGAAUCGGAAGGAUUCUCAGAGCUAUGUCAGUAUGAAGAGAAAGGCCUGCGCCGAGGUCGGCAUCAAGUCUAUCGACGUUGACCUCCCUGAGGACGUGUCCGAAUCGGAUUUGAUUAGCAAAGUUCACGAGUUGAAUGCAAAUCCUGAAGUUCACGGGAUACUAGUUCAGCUUCCGCUGCCGAAGCAUAUCAAUGAAGAGAAAGUAUUGGGUGAAAUUAGCUUGGAGAAAGAUGUUGAUGGCUUUCACCCAUUGAACAUAGGGAAGCUUGCGAUGAAAGGCAGAGAACCUCUAUUCCUACCUUGCACUCCCAAGGGCUGUAUUGAGCUUCUGAAGCGAAGUGGCGUCAGCAUUAAGGGUAAAAAAGCUGUUGUAGUUGGUCGAAGCAAUAUAGUUGGAUUACCUGUCUCUCUACUACUACUCAAGGAGGAUGCCACUGUAACUGUGGUUCAUUCACGUAGUCAGGAACCAGAGAAAUUGAUUCGUGAAGCAGACAUUGUUAUAGCGGCUGCAGGACAAGCAAUGAUGAUUAAAGGCAGUUGGAUCAAACCUGGUGCCGCUGUUAUUGAUGUGGGGACAAAUGCUGUAGAUGAUCGAACUAAGAAGUCGGGCUAUAGGCUCGUUGGAGAUGUUGAUUAUAAUGAAGCAAGUAAAGUUGCUGGGCGCAUUACUCCAGUUCCUGGAGGUGUUGGACCAAUGACGGUGGCGAUGCUACUCAAAAAUACCCUAGAGGGAGCUAAGCGGGUGAUUGAGCAUUAG